AUGGCAGGACACAAAGGCAGCCGGUUCUUCCUGAAGUCCAACGACGGGUCUAGGCUUGUGAUCGAUGGCCAGCAGGUGAUCGACAACGGAGGCUACCACAGCACCAACGAGGAGUCGGGGGAGCUGAACCUGACGGCGGGAAGCCACACGCUGCUGGUGGAGUACUUUCAGGGCACGAGCACCUCGAACAUCGAGUUCAAGUGGCAAGGCCCGGACAGUGGAGAGGUGAAGCAACUGGUGCCUGGCUCGGUGUUCUCCACCAAGCCGGCCUCGAAGUGCCCGGACUGCGGCAGCCCUGGGGAGGUGGCCAACCAGCCAAACCUGGGCCACCAGUUCAGGUUCUUCACCACGGAGGACCACAUCGACUCGGACUUGGACAACCACUUCUUCGACCGCAUGGAUCGGGAGCUAUCGAAGUCUGCGGUAUGGACCGCCAAGGCCAUGGGGGCGGAGGACCAGCUGCGGCAGCGGGUGGCAUGGGCCCUGAGCCAAAUCUUCGUGGUCUCCGCCAAUGGCUUCGGUGGAGACUCGCGGACCGAGGUUUGGCUGAACUAUUACGACAUGUUCCUGCGCCACGCCUUCGGAAACUUCCGUGACCUGCUGCAAGAGGUGACCUACAACCCGUUGAUGGGUGAAUAUCUCACCAACACCGGCAGCUCCUCCUACGACCACAAUGGGCGGUUCCCCAACGAGAACUACGCACGCGAGAUCAUGCAGCUCUUCACCAUCGGCCUGGACAUGUUGCACCCCAACGGCACCGCAAAAGUCACCGCAGCUGGGGACAAGGUGCCCACCUACGGCAUGGAGGAGAUCGUGAGCUUCUCCAAGGUCUUCACGGGAUUCAAGCAGCGCCCCUUCCGCGCGAACAUUGAGAACUACGACGACGACAACUUGAUUGACCCGUUGAAGAUGAGCGCGGGGCGCCACGACAAGCACCCGAAGAUGGACUUGUACGGAGGCUACCUGGGGGACGGCUAUCCCAUGUGCUCGGACUUCGUGGGCCUGGUAUCCAAGGGCUCCAAGUUCCUCUACCACACUGGGUUUCUGGACAACGCCCUGGAGCUGCCAGCUGACUCCCAGCUCCGCACCGCCCUGUGCGCCUCGGACGGUGCCGGGUGCGUGUACCCAGCGGCAGUUGAGCUGACGGAGGACUUGGUCUGCGGCGGCGCGGAGUGCGGCGCCACGGUGCGCGCCGUAAAGGUUGACGGCCGGUUCUACCGCUAUGUCCCGCCCCCAUGCGUGCAGAAUUACGUGAGCCCCUUGGUGGUGAACGGAAGCAGCUACUACCCGCUGGGCCCUGGCCAGUACUGCCCCGAAGGCAGCCUUGUCACCGACUACGCAGAGUGCGAGGCGGCGAUUCUGGCGGUGCACGGCGGCCACGACGGCAACCCAAAGACCUCGGCCACGCAGUGGGCGCCCAAGGGAUGCAGCUGGAGGUCCAACCGCAUGUACAUCAACCCGCACGAGACGGGGCGCGCCAGCGGCGGCAGCUACCUGCCCAUUUGCAAGGCCUACGUUUGGGUGCACACGGACGGCCGCGUGAGCAUCGAGGGCAGCGAGGCCAACAACUUCAAGGUGCACUGGACCGGCCCCGUGCCAGCCGGGCAGCAGCUCAUCUCCGUGAGCAGCGCCGCGGUCUUCAACGCCGUGCCGUCCAAAGCCGAGGUCUUGGCCCUGCCGGUGGGCGCGCCCAAACCUUCGGUGGCCUGCAGCGUGUGCGGCGAUGUCCAGGUCUUCCACCCCGCGAAUGACGGCCCAGCCAUCGGCAGCAGUGCCGUCUUCGGCGUGGAGGGCCGCUACUUCCGCAAUCUGCGGCACUCGGUGGACCUGGGGGCGGCCUCCUUCCGCAACCCCCCGGUCUUCCUCAAGGCUCAGAAGGGUCUGCUGGCGGAAGAGGCGGCCCUGGCUGAGGUGGAGUGCUUGCUGGACCAACUCUUCCAGCACAACAACACGGCGGUCUUCAUCGGCAAGCGCCUCAUCCAGCGCUUCGGCACCUCCAACCCCUCGGCCGCCUACGUGGAAGCGGUGGCCAAGGCCUUCCGCACCGGGGCCAUCGCCUCCGGUGAGGUCUUCUCAGGGAAGUACGGAGAUCUGGGCGCCACUGUUGCGGAGAUCCUUCUGCACGAGCACGGGGAUUUCGAGGGCCACCUGCACAGGCAGUUCCAUGGCUCCUUGCGGGAGCCCAUGCUGAAGCUGAUCCACUUCCUGAGGUCAAUGGAGUAUGUGGAUGCCAAGCAGGAGCUAGUGGUCUUCGAGGAGCUUCAGGACGUCUUGGGCCAGUUCCCCUUCCAGUCACCCAGCGUCUUCAACUUCUACCUGGCAGACUUCAACCUCCCAGAGCCCGAGCCGGAGAAUGCCAGCAUGAACAUGACAGGAGGCCUGCCGGAGCCGGAACCGGAGGCGGAGGGACUGGUGGCGCCGGAGCUGCAGAUUUUGAUCCCCCCGCACUUCAUCGGGUUCCUGAACGGCAUGUCCUCCAUGAUCAAGUACGGGGUGAACUACAAGUGCGACGCCGUGCGUGGCUUCGGGGAGCGUGCCAACCCCUACGUGGGCCUGGAGUCCCGGGACGUCUGCCCCAUGGGGACCUUCCAGGUGCCUGACCUCGGGGAGAACGAGACGCUGGAGGAGCUGGACGUGCUGCUCACCGGGGGCCGGCUCACUGAGGUGGCCAAGGAGGCGGCCAGGCGCGCCUACCGCACGGCCCCGGCGUCGGAGAAGAUGAAGCGCGCGCAGACGGCGGUGAUGAUGACUCCCGAGUUCAACACCUUCGGGGAUCCCCUGCCCAAGGCGGAGGCGAGGCCGGAGCUGAAUGCGUCGCAGGCCUCGGCGCAGCUGCCGUACCGCGCCACCGUCUUCUUGUUCCUGGCCGGAGGGGCGGACACCUGGAACAUGCUGGUGCCGCAGAACUGCGACCUUUACCAGGAGUACGUGGACGUUCGCACGGACCUGCACUUGAACCCCAGCGAUUUGAUUGAGGUGAACGUUUCGGGCCAGCCCUGCGCCAAGUUCGGCAUCCACGGCUCCUAUGGGUAUUUGAAGCAGCUCUACGACGAGAAGGACUUAGCCUUCAUGACGAACAUGGGAUCCCUGGUGGAGCCGCUGACCAAGGAGCAGUACCGCAGCAGCUCCAAGCAGACCUGCGUGGGUCUCUUCAGCCACUCGGACCAGCAGACGGGCGCCCAGACGCUGCAGUGCCAGACGCCCGGCAACACCCCCCGGGGCGCCGGCGGGCGCAUGGCGGACGCCCUCAACGCCCAGAACCCCCCGGUGCAGGCGGCCAGCUUCUCGGUGGCCGGCAGCGCCAUCUUCGCCCAGGGGGUGGUGACCAACCGGCAGAUCGUGAGCGAGGAGGGCAACAAGCGUUUCGGGGAGUUUGAGCUCUGGCGGGAGACCAUCUCCAACAUCACCAAGCAGCAGCAUGCCAACGUCUUCAGCGAGCAGUACACCAAGAUCUUCCUGGACUCCUUGCGCGGCACCGAGGAGCUGGGCCGCGCCUUCGAGGAAGUGGAGCUGGCGACCAACUACGACACAAGCAGCAAGCUCGCCAAGCAGCUCUCCCAGGUGGCGAAGCUGAUGAAGGUCCGCGAGGUGCGCAAGGCGGAGAGGGACUUCUUCUUCGUGCAGGUCGGCGGCUGGGACAUGCAUUCCAACCUGCUCACCAGCCUCACCAACAAGUUUGCGGACAUCAACUCGGCACUGGAGGGUUUUGUGGCUGAGAUGAAGGCCCAGAACAUUUGGAACAGCGUGGCGCUGGCCAGCAGCUCGGAGUUCGCCCGCACACUGGACUCCAACGGCGGGGGCUCGGACCACGCCUGGGCGGGUCAGCACUUCGUGAUCGGGGGCAAGGUGAGAGGGGGCAAGGUGCUGAACAAGUAUCCAUCCACUCUGAAGGAGGGCGCCUACAAUGACAUCGGCCGGGGCCGCUUGAUCCCCGAGUAUCCCUGGGAAAGCAUGUUGGUGCCCAUCGCCGAGUGGAUGGGUUUGAACACCGCUGAUGGCGCGAGCAUGACCCAGGUGUUUCCGAACUUUGCACGCUUCAAUUCCUCCACUGUGCAAGGGGCUGACUUCUUGUUCAAGCCCUAGCACUGCCUAGGAUUUUCAGAAUUCAAGGGCCGUGAGUUUAGCCCGCCUCUUUUUUGAUAUGUUUUGUUCGGUUCAGCUAACCGUUGAGUAGUUGGGCUCUGCCCACCAGGCCAUUGGAACAGCUCGAGCUGGG